CAUCCCGAGGUAUGUAAACAGAAGCCUUCAACUCUGAUGAGAAGCAGUUUGUCUUGGACUGCUUCACUUUCUUAUUUUUUUUCAGGGAAAAUUAAACAGUGAGGAGAACUGAAAAGAAGAAGCUUUGCGGUUUAUGACGUAAACGUUUGAUUUUCCAUUUCUUUCUCAAUCUAAUGAAUUUUCUCUCGACGUUAUUCUCCGUCUUGGAUUCUAACAAUAUGCUUAUUUUCUUUUGUCGAACUCUGGUUGUUGGAAACAUGGGACAUCUGUAGAAUUGAAAAUCACUGUUCAAUGCUUGGAACUUGAUAGAUUUAGCUGAACUUGAUGCGUUUUCAGUCCUCUGCUUCAAUCUUCAUUUGCUAUGUUGUUUAGAAUAUGGAACUUGUAGGUAGAUGAUUAGAGGUUAAUUAUCUGAAUUGGGAAUUUCCAGUUCAUUUGCAGCCGGGUAUAAUAAUAAAAAUGGCAAGACAAGCGAAUACCCUUUUUCUUGAAGAAUGGUUGAGGAGCAGUACCGGCAGUGGUGAUAGUAGGAGUGGUACUGUUGCGUCUAGGCCACCUGCAUCGUCUGCACGAGCCAUUAUUCAAGCAUGGGCCGAGCUUAGAGAUUCACUACAGAAUCAAUCAUUCAAUACCCGUCACCUUCAAGCCUUAAAAACCCUACUUAACUCGCAAGCUACUCUUCACGUUGCCGACCCACAAGCAAAGCUUCUUGUAUCCAUUCUAUCCUCUCAGAAUCUUGCUCUCCCUUGUGAGUCAUAUCCUCUCUUUCUCAGGCUUCUUUAUGUCUGGAUCAGGAAGUCUUUUAGGCCAUCCUUGGUGCUCGUUGAUUCAGCUGUGGAAGUCCUUUCUCAAGUGUUUACUUCUAAGCUUGGUUCUAACAGCAGUCCUUCCUUGUUGGCCGAAGGCGUUCUUCUUUUGGGGGCUUUUGCCUGCAGGCCUCUGUUGUCUGAAGCGUCAAAAAAUGUUUGCUUGGAGUUGCUUUGCGGUCUUCUGGAAGGAGAGUACAGACUGAUUGGAUCAGAAGAAGGACUUGUUUCUGAAAUCCUUGCAGGGAUUGGGUAUGCUCUAUCUUCUUCUUUAGAUGUUUAUAGCGCCAGAUGUUUGGAUGCUUUGCUUGGAAUUUGGGGUAAGGAAGGGGGACCUGCUGGGACUGUUUCUCAUGGGCUUAUGAUUCUUCAUUUAGUUGAAUGGCUUAUAUCUAGUUUCAUCAAAUCUCAGUCUUUUGCUAAAAUUCAAGUCUUUGUUGAAGAGGCUUUAGAAACUUCAAAGCCCAGUUAUGUUCCAUUUGCCAUUGUCAUGACUGCAGCUGGAGUGUUGAGAGCUUUUAAUAGAUUUAUAUCAGGUGGGCAGGGAUUGGACAACAUCUUCAAACUAAGGAUCUCUGCAGAAAAUCAGAUAAAAUCUAUAGCACAAUGUUUGAUUGCUAACAUCAAAGGAGUUUAUUAUUGGGGCAAAAGUCCUGCAGACAGUCUUCUGCUACAAUGUUUAUCAGUAGCAUUGGCUCGAUGUGGGCCAAUAUCUUUCAGCAAUCCUCUAUUUAUAUGUUUGGGUUCAACAUUAUCAACUGAAGUGUUUCCUUUACGGCACAUAUAUAAAGUGGUCCUUGAGUCCCAUAACGGUAUUGUUCCUGGACUAGGGCUCAACAUGGUUAAAGAGCAUCUUAAUAGUAUUCCUUUUAAAGAAGCUGGGGCCAUAACUGGUGUGUUUUGCAAUCAGUACGCAUCAGCAGAUGAAGACAACAGAAGAAUAGUGGAAAAAAUUAUAUGGGAUUUCUGUCAAGAUCUUUACUUGAAACACCGACAGGUUGCUUUGUUGGUUCGUGGUGUGGAAGAUGAAUUGCUUGGGGAUAUGGAGAAGAUAGCUGAAUCUGCUUUCCUUAUGGUUGUACUUUUCGCAUUAGCUGUUACAAAACACAGGCUAAAUUCAAAAUACUCCCAGGAAUUACAAAUGGAAACAUCAGUCCAGAUAUUAAUUUCAUUCUCUUGUGUGGAGUAUUUCCGCAGAAUGCGUUUGCCAGAAUAUAUGGACACAAUUCGAGCGGUCAUUGCCAAUGUUCAGAAGAAUGAAUCUGCUUUUGUGUCAUUCAUAGAAUCGAUACCAUCUUAUGAUGAUCUGACAAAUCAGCAAGGCUCGUCAUUUAUGCCAAAAAUGGAAAAUAUAUGGUCCAAGGAUGAGGUACAAACUGCUCGCAUGUUGUUCUACCUGAGAGUUAUUCCAACUUGCAUUGAACAUUUGCCAGCUCCUUUAUUUAGGAGAGUGGUUGCUCCAAUUAUGUUUCUAUAUAUGGGACAUCCAAACAGAAAAGUAGCUCGAGCAUCACAUUCUCUGUUUGUAGCAUUUGUUUCUUCCGAGAAAAUUUCUGAUGGUAAUGAAAGAAGGUUGUUGAAGGAGCAACUUGUUUUCUAUUACAUGCAAAGAUCUUUGGAGGGAUAUCCUGGGAUUACUCCAUUUGAGGGUAUGGCUUCUGGGGUUGCAGCAUUGAUUCGACAUCUUCCUGCUGGAAGUCCAGCCAUAUUUUUUUGUGUCAAUUCUCUUGUUGAGAAAGCUACAAAACUUUGCACCGAAGUUUUCACUCAGGAGACUGAUGUCUGGAAGAAUUGGCAAGGAGAAUCUGAGCCUUGUAAAAAGAUAAUAGAGUUGCUAUUGAGGCUUAUUUCUCUGGUUGAUAUACAGGUGUUGCCAAACUUGUUGAAGCUGUUAGCACAGUUGGUUGUCCAGUUACCAAAAGAUGGGCAGAAAUUGGUUCUUAAUGAGCUACAUUCACAAGUUUCUGAAUCUGAAGAUGUCAUACGCAAGCCCACUUUAGUUUCUUGGUUGCAGACACUAUCUUACUUUUGUUCUCAAAGUAUGAUUGGGAGUGCAAUUUCCAAAGGCAUUACACACCAAGAAAGCUCUUGUGCUGAAGUACUACAGAUGCUUUAAGCUUGAUAGGUUAAAUGCACGACUCUAGACUAUGAGGUGAGCGUUGGGAU